UCUAUUUCUCAAGUCCAGCAGUGCGCACGCACAAUCAACAUCGAGCCUGCCCUCACACAACUAAAAAGAACGCAAAUCCAAAUUCGGGCGUCGCCUGUGGAGCACAUUUUAGUUGCCAGUCUGAGUUUGAACGCCUAGCACAUCAGUCGGAAGUGAAAAAACUAAGAAUGGAGAAGAAUAUUCCCUACAACCACCACCAGCAGCCUAUGCCCCAGGCACCGCCCUGUUAUGACAACACCCAUCAGGGCUACCCGAGUCUUAAUCAGCCACAGCCUGUAAUUGUGGCACAACCUCAGAAUGUGCAGGCACCUCCUAAUGUGUUGGGGAAUGUUCCAUCCAUGGCCACGUGCCCGAGCUGCGGAGUCCGUAAGCAAACGAACAUCGAAUUUGAGCCUAGUACCAAGACCCAUUUGAUUGCCCUUCUUAUCUGCAUGUUGGGGGGCCUUUGCUGCUGCUGCAUUCCGUACUGCACGGACUCCUGUCAGUCGGCCAAACACACCUGUAGUAGCUGCGGAGCCUAUGUGGGAACUUACAAGAACUAGGGAUCAAACAUCGAAAAGGAAGUCUCCAUUGACAUGUUUUAAAAUAUGCCAAUCAUUGUGAGCUUUAUUCUCCUUCGGAUUCAACUUCGCACAACGAAAUAUGCAAAACAAAGUCACUGACUCUUGUCCCAGAAAAUAUUGUAAAACCGCCCUUAAAUACUUUUACAUUUCAAUUAAAAUAAAUGAAUAACUUAUCAUAGAA